AUGCUCGAUGGUGCGCGGCCGAGUGCGGAUGCGCGGGAGAUCGUCUCCGGGAUCUGUGAAGGGUUGCUGGCGGCCGGUGUACCCGUCGAGCGGUUUGCGCUUUUUAUCUAUACGCUCCAUCCCAACCUUCAGGGACGCCGGUUCCGCUGGCUCAAAGGUGAGGGCGUCGAUCAGUCAGAUGCGGACCUCAAGGCCUUUGACGGGGCCGAAUACCACGACAACCCGCUACCGACAGUUCUGAGAACGGGCAAGCCCUUGCGGCGAAAACUCUGCGAUCCGGGCAGUCCGGAUGAUUUUCUCAUUCUGAAACAGUUCCGCGAGGAAGGCGUUACCGACUAUGUCGUUCAGCCACUCUUCUUCACGACCGGUGAAACGCAUCUGGUCAGUUGGGCGACGAAGGCCGAUGGCGGCUUUGACGAAGAGAUGAUAGCGGCGCUCGAAAAGAUCCGCCUGCCACUCGCCCGUCUGGCCGAAACCUACAUGCUGCGUCUCAACGCCGCCAACCUCUUGUCCGCCUAUGUGGGCCGGGACAGCGGCAACAGGAUCCUGUCGGGCCGCGUGCAUCGCGGCGACAUAGAGGAGAUUUCCGCCUGCGUCGUCUUUGCCGACCUGGUCUCGUUCACGCGUUUCUCCAACGAUGCGUCUGCCGAAGAGGUCCUUGCACGUCUCAAUCUCUUCUACGACUGUCUUGUACCGCCGAUUGUCGAAGGCGGUGGCGAGAUCCUGAAAUUCAUGGGCGACGGCCUGCUCGCGAUUUUUCCGAUUUCCGAUGAGGUUGACGAGAGAACGGCUUGCGAACGUGCCCUGGAGGCGCUCAGCGUUGCCUCUGGCGGUGCGUGGACGCCGGUCUUUUCCGAGACCGUUCCUCCUUUCCGGGCUGCCGUCCAUAUCGGACCGCUGCAAUACGGCAAUAUCGGAGCGUCCGACCGGCUGGAUUUCACGGCCAUAGGGCCGACAGUGAACCUUGCCGCGCGCUUGCUCGCCUCUGCGGUCCUUGUCGAUGGUCAAACAGUCGUCUCUGAGCGGGUUGCGGAUCUGGCUGGACUAUCAAAAGCCGGAGCGCCGUCCUUCGAACUCAAGGGUUUCGACAGGACGCAGGUGAUCGUGCCGGUCCGGGAGAUGCCGAAAUCAUGA